UGACCCUCGAGUUCCCUCAAAAGUCUCUCAAAACUGAUUUUUUUUUUCAUCCCAAAGAAAUCUUGAGUGAUGGCUGCAAGUCUUUGAAGAAUUCAUUUUUGUCUUUCCUCGUUGAUAUAUGUUAGGUUUUCUUUGAAGGGAUGGCGACCAAAACCUGCUGCUCGAGAAAGGGAAAGCGGGCUGCAAAGUCCCCAACGCAGGUGGAACAAGUGAUUCCAGCUGAGACUUUUCAAUGCGCACAACAGAACGUGCAAUUAUCUGGGAAACCCAGCUGCAUUAGUCUAAACUCCUCUUUAGUGAAAAGUGUUCCCCGCAACAAAAGAUCAAAAAGGGGUGAUGAAAACAAGAAAGGUCUGGAUGUAGCAAAUGAGCUGAAACUAAAUAACCAGUUAUUAAAUGUUAAACCAAAAAAGUCACGCGCGCGUAAAAAACGAAAGUGUAAGGACAUCCAUGACCCAAGCGAUGAUGAAGUUAUCUCGCAGAGUUCUCUGCACUGGCGUGGACAGUCAAGGAGAAGGUGUGAAAGCAGUGCUCUUGGAAAGUUAGACUCAGUUACCUUUGAGCUUUAUCGGGAGAAAAUAUGGAGGGCUUUUCCUGAAGAGAAGAGAAGUUCGUUUACAUGUCUUGACUCCCUAUGGUAUCACUUAUACACAGAUAGAACCACUAAAGCUAAGGUGUUGGAUUGGAUCAAGAAGAAAGAGAUCUUCUCCAAAAAAUAUGUCCUUGUUCCUAUUGUUCGGUGGGGUCAUUGGUGUCUAUUGAUCAUGUGCAACAUGGGAAAAAGUUUUGAGUCAGAAUCUGAAACUCCUUGUUUGCUACUGCUCGACUCCAUGCAAGCUGCGCACGCCAAACAACUAGAAUCCGGGAUAAGAAAAUUUGUUUCUGAUCUUUAUAGCGCGGGAGAGAAAACAGUAACAACAAAAAUGAUAAAAAAGAUCCCUUUUCAAAUUCCCAAGGUUCCACAACAAAGAAACGGUGAGGAGUGUGGGUACUAUGUUUUGUACUUCAUCCAUCUUUUCUUAGGACAUGCUCCCGAUGACUUUAGUCUGGCUGAGGGCUACCCUUACUUUAUGAAGAAUGACUGGUUUAGCCCCGAGGAACUGGAUGCCUUUUCCAAACAACUCGAAUCUUCAAGCAAGGAGGAAUCUUCUGAUGCUGAGAAAUCUUCCUCGGAUUCGGAUCCUAUCGAGUUAUCAGGUGGUUCUAUAUCGUAAAAAUUAGUUUCCUUCCAUAUUCAGAUUCCUUUUUGCUAUAGCUAUUAGCUACAUUUUUUUUCCGGAGUAAAUUCCACAAAUGGUCAUCUCUUUUUGUGAAUAUUCCACAUUUAGUCCACUAUAUAAAGACCUUGUUUGGGAAUAGUGUUUUAGUGUUUCAGAAAAAAUAUUUAACGGUGCAAAUUAACUUUGAAAAUGCUAAACCUAAACAUUGUCAUUAGAUAGCCUUUUUAAAAUGUUGAAAUUGUUGCCAAACAUGCACAAUUCUUUGGAGGUCCACUUUAACUGUGAGCAUUGCUAAUUUUAGUUCUCUUUCCAUCAAAAUUCCUCAAAACAAAUUCCUCAAAAUGAUACACUUACAAAGGACCAAAAGUUCACAAUUGUUAGAGUUUAUCCCACAUCGGAAGAUGAAUAGAAAACUUAUCGGUAUAUAAGGUCUUGAGUUGAACUAACUAAUGGAUUAGAUUCAAUCUUUUAAUGUGGUUCAGCCAUGUGUUUUAUUGCCCAAUCCAGUUGUCCAUACACAUCCUAAAUUCUAUCAACAAUGUUCCAAACUUUCAAGGACCUUAAUUGGUAUUUAAUGACAUUGAGGAGUAACACUGGAAAAUGUUCACAAUUAAUGCAGACUUCCAAUGAAAUUUCAUCUUAGUGGACUAAAUGUGGAAUAUUCCUAAAUUAUAGAUGACCAUUUGUGGAUUUUACCCCUUCUUUAUGGGGAUCCUAUGGGGCUGCUCUUCUAAUCUCUUGCUGCAUUCACAGUAUUCAAACAUGAAAAAAUGAUUGAGUUUGAGGAUAAUUAAGCUGCCUACUUGGAUCAAACUUUGUUGGCAUCAUAGGGAGUGUUUGGUUAAGGUUUAUACCUUGGAUUAUUUUUGUCUCCUUGCAAGGGAAUGAAAGAUUGGGAAUUUGUAACCACCUAAAUGCAUUUUCUUCUUUUUAAUGCUAGUUUUUUCAAGGGGGGCUUGGUUUAGGCCUUGCAAGGGAAUGUAUGAUUGUUAAAAUUUGUAAUUUUACCAAGUAUAUUUUGAUUAUUUGUGUGCAUGUGACGAACUUUAUCGUAUAUCCGGUUGUAUCUAUAUUUUUUUUGGACAUUCUAUGAGCCUUUAUGUAACCCAUAAAAAAUGUGCAUAUGU